AUGCAGACGACCGAUGGAGACUCAAAGCCAUGGGUGAUCAUCGUCGGCGCAGGCCCAGCCGGCCUCCUUCUCGCUCUUUUGCUAGCCAAGGCGAAUAUCAGAGUGCAACUCGUGGAGCAGACCAAAGAACUUGACAAACAGCCCCGCGCAACACACUAUGGUGCCCCUGCGAUCCACGAGCUACGACGUGCCGGCAUACUCGAUGAGGUUCGUGCUGAGGGUUUUUGCCCUCGUGGCGUCUGCUGGCGCAAGUUAGACGGCACUCGUAUCGCUGGCCUGUCAAAUGCCAGUGAGACCGAGGAUCCAGACACUAUGACCUGCCUUCCUCUCAAUCGGUUGGGCGCUAUUCUUUACGAGCAUGUGAAGAAGCAGCCCCUGGCGACGAUCUCCUUCGAUCACACAGUCGUCGGAAUUGGCCAAGAUGAAGAUCAUGCCUGGAUCGAUGUAGAAACGCCGGACGGUGACCAGCGGCUUUCAGCUUCAUACAUUGUUGGCUGCGAUGGAGCAAAUAGCCAGAUUCGAAGAAGCUUGUUCGGAGACUGGGAGUUCCCAGGCCGCACUUGGGACCAACAGAUCGUGGCCACAAACACUUACUACGACUUCCGCAAAUUUGGCUGGGAAGACGCCAAUUUCAUAGUGCACCCAGAACACUUCUUCAUGGCGGCGCUCAUAGGCAAGGAUGGUCUUUGGCGUGUCACGUACGGCGACAUUCCAGGACUGACGCAGCAGGAACUGCUCGCUCGACAGCCGCAGAAGUUUAAGCAGUUUUUGCCCGGCGCCCCAGACCCUGAUCAGUACAAGGUCGUCAACAUAAGUCCUUACAAAAUCCACCAAAGACUUGCCGCAUCGAUGCGAGUUGGUCGCUUCCUGCUGGCUGCUGAUGCUGCUCAUUUGUGCAAUCCUUUCGGAGGUAUGGGACUGACGGGCGGCAUCGUUGAUAUUGGCGGCUUGUUCGACUGUCUGAACGGUAUCCACAAAGGGCUCGCCGACGACAGUAUCCUGGACAAGUACUCCGAGAUUCAACGUGCAAAGUAUAACGAGAUCGUCGACCCUGUUUCAAGCGCAAAUAUUCGCCGUUUGUUCGAUCAGGAUCCUGAGACGGCGGGAGAGAAGGAUGAGUUCUUCCUGCUUUGCAAGAAGGCUGAGUCGGACCCUGCGCUGGCCCGGCAGAUGCAACACGGUGCAAAUGCUCUCAAGUACGACUUCACACAACACUAUAAGGCAGGACAGGAUUUGGUGAAGAAGGAUGUGGCACCUAUCACUGUGGGAUCGGAAAAGACACCAGUGGCAGUGUCUGUGGCAGACUAG